GCGACAGUUACCAACACUGUCCGCGGACUUGUUCGAAAGUGUUUAAGCUAGUGAACAUUACAUCAAUGUUUUUGUAAAGAAAUGGCGCCAGAUAAGUCACAAAGCCCGUACGCGAGAUCGGAUUCGCCGCCAUGUUCCAGUUCAGCAGCGAUCGGAAACAUAAAUAAUUCCUCCUUUGAAAACUAUUCGUUUCAUGAUAUUGACAUUUCCUCUUCGUUGGAAGACAACGGCAGUCGUGAACGACCGUGUAGUGUCCAAAAUGAGACAGUCUUUAACUUGACCGAUAGCUCUAAGGAAAUAAGCAACCAGCUGCCGCCAACUAAUCAGGUUUCAGAGCCACAAAGCCAGUGCGCGAGAUCUGAUUCACCGCCCUGUUGCAGUUCAGCAGCGAUCAGAAACCUAAAUGAUUCCUUGAAUUGUUUUGGAAAAACUACGCUUCACCACAUGGACAUUUCAUCUUCAUUGGAAGACAACAGCAACCGUGAUCGUUUGUGUGGUGUCCAAACUCAGACAUUCGACAAAUGGACCGACAGUUCUAAUGACAUUUUCGACCAGCAGGCGGCAAACAACGAUGGUCAAGAACUAACCAGUGAAUACGCAAGCAAUGCAGGUGCUAUUUUCGUCAGCGCUUCGGAGUAUUCUGAAAAAAAGAAGCAGAUCGAUAAGCUGGUGCAGAAUAUGCUGGGCAUGGAGCAACUGCAGCGCCAGCUGGAAGAGAAUGGGUCCACCAACGAGGAGCUCCUCGACCUGAAAUUGCGCCUGGAGAAACUCAAUGGGCGCCUAGAGGCGUUGGGAGAGUUUCUGGACACGCUGCGCGUCCAGGAGGAUCAGUCGGCCAACAGGAUCAAGGAGGAGGCCGAGCAGAUCGAGCAGCCCCGAUGGUCCAACUUGUAUUCCGGGCUGAACCGCUAUCGCCACAAAGCCAAGCACACUUCUGCCGAGUUUUAUCAGCACAAGAGCAACAUUAUCGACAGUCUGAAGACGCUGUAUGAGCCUUCGGAGCCUACUCCUGCGAUCGAUGACUUAGAGAAGCAGCCUGCCCUUCUCAUGGUCCGGCUGUUGAAGCAUCAGCAGGCAGGCCUGAAAUGGAUGCAGUUCCGUGAGCGGCAGAAGAUCUGUGGCGGAAUUUUGGCCGACGACAUGGGUCUGGGCAAGACCCUGAGUAUGAUUGCCCUGGUGCUGGCUUCACAGGAAACUAAAAACAAAAAACGGGUAGAUAAGCAGCGUUCCCUGGAGCAAAAGUGGACCCAAGAGUUUAAUCGAUUUAAGACAAAGAAAAUGCCAAAAUUUCGUAUUUUCGAUGAUGAAGAAGAGUCCGAAGAGGAGAAAGAGAAGUACGAACCGCGUGAAGAGGAGAGCCUUGCAACUAUUCCCUCAGCGGACACACUAGUUGUGUGUCCCAUGAGCGUGAUGUGCCAGUGGGCCCAGGAAGUGGUGUCCAAGGUGGCACCGAGUGCCAUCAAGGUGCUGACUUUCCACGGAGCCAACCGCCGUGAGAUCGGGCUAGAAGUAUUUAGGAGCUAUGAUUUAGUCAUUACUUCAUACAAUCUCUUGAUGAGCGAGUACAAGAGAUUUGGGAACAGAUCCCUGUUGUUUGCCGUUCGCUGGAACCGUGUGAUCCUCGACGAGGCUCACAUCAUUCGAAAUGUGAAGACCAGUUGCUGCAGUUCCGUGUGCCAACUGAAAGCCCGUUGCCAUUGGGCCUUAACCGGCACUCCUGUCCAGAAUCGUGCCAUCGACGUGUUCGCCCUGCUUCGCUUUCUGGAAGUACCCAACUUUCGAGACCUCCAGCAGUGGAAGAGGUACUUGAACGAAGGCAUGCACGCCCACCGCCGACUGAACUUCAUUAUCAAACCUCUAAUGCUGCGCAGGACCAAGCAACAGCUUCAGGAGUCGGGAGACAUGCCUGCACUGCCCCCUCUAAAGGUUGAACUAAUCUGCGUGCAGCUCUCGGAGCCGGAAAUGGCUGUGUACCAGAUCCUGUCUGCCAUCUCCCAAAAAAUCUUUACGCAGUUUCUGCUGCAACGCGAGAAGGGCAACAGCGAUUUAAACUAUUAUUCUCUGGAAACGACACCUCAGUUUAUUAAGGACAUUUUUGAGGCCAAGUACACAGAGAUUUACCACAGAUUCUUGAGAUCGCUUGGCUACAAUCCGGGAGCUAAGAUCAAGGGUAUAGUUAUCCUGGUGCUACUGCUGCGCUUGCGACAAUUCUGUUGCCACCCUGGUCUAAUGCUCGGGAUGCUUUUUGGUUCCAUGACUGCUGAAGAUGUGCAGAACAUAAGAGUUGACGCCACAGAUGUGGAGGGCCAGCUUAAGAUGGAUGUACUUGCGGAGUUGGACAAAUAUGAUCAACCCGCUGAUGAUGAGGAUUCCUUUGACGAGGAUGAAAGCGUUCCAAUGACAAGCGUUGCCAGGAGGAAUGACGUAAAACAUGAGAACGAAGCCCUCGAAGGCAUGAGGGAAGAGAUUGUGCCAUGGGAUAUGGGAGAUGAGCAACCAUCAAGCAGUUCUUCAGCUAAUCCAUUAGAUGCGGCAAGAGCUCUGAAGCUUCUUAAUCCUCAGAAUCCUAUUUUCGAGUUCAAACGCUCGUCUGCCAAACUAAAGCUUGUCAUUGAUAAGCUGGAGGAGCUGCUCACGGGUACCAACGACAAGAUCAUAGUUACAUCACAGUGGGUCAGCUAUCUAGCUAUCAUCCGAAAGCGUCUGCAGGAUCAGUCGUGGGAAACGCUUGACUUUAAUGGCCAGCUGUGCGCCAAAGAUCGCGAGGUCGUACUGCGAGACUUUAGUGCCGAUAAUGACAAGCGGGUUCUCCUACUCUCCCUCACUGCUGGCGGAGUAGGCCUGAAUCUCAACGUUGCCAACCAUAUGCUCAUGGUGGACCUUCAUUGGAAUCCCCAGCUGGAGCGGCAGGCCCAGGAUCGUAUUUAUCGAUAUGGUCAAAACAAGCCCACCUUCAUUUAUCGCUAUAUGUGCCAGGACACUGUGGAGCAGCGAAUCAAGGCACUACAGGAUUACAAGUUAGAAAUUGCCAAAGUGGUGCUGCCCGAGGAAGAGGGAGGAGUGUCCGCUCGUGGUGGCGGUGGACUCAACCUCGCGGAGCUCAAGAAACUGUUCUCAAUGUGAAAUCAAAGAUUUCAUUUCGUUUGUUAUUCGUUUAGAAGUUGUCAUUUCUAGUUUAAUUUAAAACGUUUUUAAUUUCACUUAUUUUUAAAAACCAGACAUCAUAUAAAGUUAUGUAACCUCUAGUUUAAUCGUAACCUCUAGUUUUCAG